UAAUCUGGCCCCCACCAUUGUCACCUUUCAGUACUUGACAGAGCAAAGCCACCUUUCUCAUUCUCACCGGAUUUGACUUUCUUGUUUUCACUGAUUCAACUUUGGUGCCGCCAUUCCCCUCUAUAUUCAGCUCAGCCGCCAUUCCCGUCUCUCUCUCUCUCUCUCUCUCUCUCUCCUGUGUUUUGUCUCCGAGUUAUUACAGAGAGAAAGAAGGGAGCUCCCCAUAGUUUUGGGUUGAUCUUGAUUGAGAGCAACUUUGUAGGAAAAGGAAGAUCAGAUUCAUGUCAUUGGUGGUCUUGUUUUGGUAUGCUGCAGCAGCCUGCAGCAUAUUCACAUCUGGGUUUGGUGUACAAGCUCAACCCGCCACAUAUCCUUCUGAAGUGAUAGCACUGAAUGCAAUCGUUCAGAAGUGGAAUCUUACAGUCAAUACGAAGCAAUGGAACACGACUGGUGACCCAUGCAGUGGAGUUGCGAUAGAUGAAGAUGAUGAAACCGGAUAUUUCUAUGAUGCAAAUGAUUACAAUCCAUUCAUCAAAUGCAAUUGUUCUUUUGAUUCGAACACAACUUGCCACAUUACCCAACUGAAAGCAUCUAUUUUGGACAUUGUCGCUCCAAUUCCAGAUGAGCUCUAUUCUUUGACUUUCCUUCAAUAUCUCAAUUUGGAAAAGAAUUACUUAACAGGACCUAUCUCUCCAUCAGUUGGAAAUCUAAGCAGAAUCACAUACUUGAACUUGGGGCACAACGACUUAUCAGGUGAAAUUCCAAAGGAUAUUGUCAAACUCACCAAUUUGACAUUCUUGGCUCUUGGGACACUCAACCUUUCAGGUUCUCUGCCACCUGAGAUAGGGUAUUUAACUACAAUACAAAAGAUUUUCAUUGAUAAUUCUGGACUUAGUGGUGAGAUUCCACCAACAUUCGCUAAUCUAACGAACAUGAUACAAUUUUGGGCAACAGAUACAAACCUCACUGGCAGGAUCCCAGACUUCAUAGGAAAUUGGACAAAGCUUACUACCUUGAGGUUUCAGGGAAACUCUUUUGAAGGUUCCAUACCAUCUUCACUGUCCAGAUUGACACUUUUGACGGAGCUACGAAUUACUGAUGUAACAAUUUCCAAUGACAACUCUUCUCUUGGCUUUAUCAAGGAUAUGCUGUCUCUAGACGUCUUAAUGCUGAGGAAUAACAAUAUUUCUGAUUCAAUUCCUUCCAAUAUUGGGGAUUACCGAAAAUUGGUUCACCUGGAUUUGAGCUUCAACAAUUUGCAUGGACAGAUACCAGCCACACUCUUUGAUAUGAAUGUUCUUGCCAUACUGUUUCUUGGAAACAAUAAGUUGAAUGGCAGCCUUCCUGAAUCUAAAAGCUCGGCGCUUCUUGUUGUUGAUGUGUCUUACAAUAAUCUAGUAGGCCAGAGCUUCCCGAGUUGGGUCAACGAACAAAACUUACAGCUCAACUUGGUGGCCAACAACUUCACCAUAGGCAGUUCAGAUAGCAGUGAUCUACCUUCAGGGUUAAAUUGCCUUCAACGGGGCUUUCCUUGCCAUCGCGAUAGUCCAGUUUAUUAUAACUUCAUGAUUAACUGCGGUGGUGAUCAGACUAAGAUAUCCAAUGGGACUGUGUAUGAGAAGGACAAUGAGCCCCUUGGUCCAGCUACGUAUUAUGUGACUGACACAAACAGAUGGGGAGUUAGCAAUGUUGGUCUUAAAACACAGUUUAAGGCUGCAUCAUAUUUGACUGGGACAGACACUCCGAUGUAUACAAUAUCCACUUCAUCUCCAAUAAAAAAUACUUCAGACCCUACGAUAUUUCAGAGUGCAAGAAUCUCUGCCUCAUCACUCAGAUACUAUGGCUUGGGUCUUGAGAAUGGAAACUACACUGUGAAGCUUGAAUUUGCAGAACAAGCUAUUCUAGAUACUUCUAGAAAAAGUCUCGGAAGACGUGUGUUUGAUAUAUAUAUCCAGGAUGUCCGUGUUGUUAAAGAUUUUGAUUUGAGAAAGGAGACAAAUAGGACAUCUUUGGUAGCUAUUGAAAAGGUAUACAAGGCUCAGGUGGUUUCAGAGAAUUACCUUGAAAUUCAUUUCUUCUGGGCUGGAAAGGGGACUUGCUGCAUACCGGAGGAGGGUACUUAUGGUCCUCUUAUAUCAGCUAUCAGUGCUACACCUGAAUUCAAACCUACUGUCAGCAACAAGCUGCCGAGUGUGAAGAAGAAUAGGACUGGGAUGAUUGUAGGAAUUGUUGUUGGUGGUGGAGUUUUAUUUUUGGUGGUGGUUCUUUUCUAUAUUGUUCAAAGAAGAAAAAGGCUCAACGCCGAUGAUAACUAUGAUGAAGAGCUAUUGGGAAUAGAUCUUGGACCUCUCACUUUCAGUUAUUCUGAACUGAAGGCAGCUACUAAUGACUUUAGUCCAGAUAAUAAACUUGGAGAGGGAGGAUUUGGGCCUGUAUUUAAAGGUACUCUAAGUGAUGGAAGAGUAAUUGCCGUAAAACAAUUGUCUGCAUCAUCCCACCAAGGAAAAAACCAGUUUGUAACAGAGAUUGCCACUAUAUCUUCUGUGCGACACAAUAACCUAGUAAAUCUGUAUGGAUUCUGCGCCGAGGGAUCUAAACGGCUCCUUGUCUAUGAGUAUCUGGAGAACAGGAGUCUUGAUCAAGCAUUAUUUGGAAAAAGAACCUUGCAUCUAGAUUGGCCAACACGCUUUGAUAUAUGUUUGGGCGUAGCUAGAGGUCUAACAUAUCUUCAUGAGGAAUCAAGGCAUCGAAUUGUACAUAGAGAUGUGAAAGCAAGUAACAUUCUGCUCGACUCUAAUCUUGUUGCCAAAAUAUCAGAUUUUGGUUUGGCCAAGCAUUAUGAUGAUAAAAUGACACACAUGAGUACACGGGUUGCCGGAACAAUUGGAUAUCUUGCACCGGAAUAUGCUAUGCGUGGACACUUGACAGAGAAGACCGAUGUGUUUGCCUAUGGUGUUGUCAUUCUAGAAAUUGUCAGUGGUAGGUCAAAUUCUGAUCCAAGUUUGAAAGGCGAUAUGGUUUAUCUUCUUGAAUUGGCUUGGAACUUGCAUGAAAACAAAAGGGAACUUGAUCUAGUAGAUUCUAGAUUAUCUGAAUUCAAUGAGGUAGAAGCAAGACGAAUCAUCAACAUAGGACUUUUGUGCACUCAGUCAUCACCAAAUUUACGACCAGCUAUGUCUCGCGUGAGUGGAAUGCUUACAGGGGAUAUUGAAGUAACUCCUGCUACUUCGAAGCCCAGUUACUUGACAGACUGGAAAUUUGAUGAUGUAACUACUAUCACCAGCCAAACGAAAUUUGGUGAUGGAAGUACCGGCACCAGUCUAGCAACUGAUGGGUCAGCUAGAGGAACUGACUUCAGCUUUCUCAACUCAUCGGCAGGUACGAGUGUGAUGGGGGAUGCAGGACAGUUACCUUCGAAUGCCACUCUUCCAAUAUUUAGUACAAAUGGUGAUGAUGGUAGGUAAGAGUUUUGAUGGAAGCCGAGUAGGCGGCACACUAGUUUUUGUGUUCUUGAUACACAUGGCUCUUGAUGUCUUUUUAUCAUUAGCAUACACAUUCAUUUUUGAAUCUUGAUGAUGUGUGUUUAUAGAGCGAUUUUUUUGUAAUGAAGGAGAGGGACUUAUAAAAUUAAGCACCCAACUACAAGAAGAUCCUGCUAAAAAUUUAUCCUCUACUCUUUUUAAUGCAUUAUGAAACCUUUUGUAGUCUUGUAGCCCGUAAGAUUGUAAGAACCCAGCAAAC